UUAGAUAUACCAUUGUUUAACUAAAACCAGCUCUAGUUUAGUUAGCUCUAGGUUUCUGACUUGUAUUAAUCUGUAAUCUGUUUAGACUAAAGCUGCUAGAAAGAUGGGAAUAUAAAUAGUAAAAAAAAUCUUAAACCAACUGGCUACUAAGUGGAUUAUAGCAGCAUUAAUGUACCAGGACAACGAAUAAGUGCUGCUCUGUCGACGACACAACUGAAAGUUAUUUUAUCCAGAUGACUCUCCGCUGCCCGCCUGUCCCUUCUGAAUUUGUAUCUAAUAUCAGCUACGUGUCUUGUGCUUUGUAAUAGUGUUGUUACUGAGGGUUAGGAUAAAGUACCAAGGUCCAUCACUGAACUCUGAAAUAAAUAUGAUACAGGAAAAUUGUGUCAAUGAAAGUGAAUUAAAAAACGAUGUAAAGCUAAAGCAGGAGCUUUACUGUGAAAAAGAAUCAGUUUAUUCCCGAAGUGAAAGACCUCUGAAACUUUAUAAGAUGGUUGGGCACGCGUACGGGAAUUGAAUUCCGCUCAAACCUGCAAAAUGAUACACUACCUCAGUCGACCAGAACAAGCCUGCAAACGUGAUGACGUAAACGUUUCAAUAUCCCGAGUAGGAGAAGAAAAGGUACAAAAGACUCUCUGGGCAUGUCAAAGUGAUCGUGAGAACUACUUGAACUGGUUGCAACAGCUGCUUUACUUUCUUUUGCCUUCAAAAUACAUUUUGGGGAGAAAAGUCUGUCGGAAUGGCUGUGCGGAGUGUCGGGCAGGUGAUUGCCCUGUCCUGUGUGCUACACGUGAGUCUGUCAGCCCUCAGUUUCUCCUGUCCAGGGAUCUGUAGGUGCUCAGAGGACAGCAUCAUCUGUACCAGAGAAACACAACUCGCAUCCAAAGGGGACUUUUCUUAUAUUAGAAAUUUAAGAUUAACUCAUCUUCCUUUCGAAGAGAUCCAAAGUGGUGCUUUCACUGGACUGAUCAAUGUGUCGAGAAUCGAAAUUGUCCAGAGUGAUUCAAUCAAACGAAUAAAAGGACAAGCAUUUAUGUAUCUCCCCAACCUUUAUGAAAUAGUAAUACAGAAUACAAAUCGGCUUGUGGCCAUUGAGAAGGGGGCAUUCACUAAUCUAACAAAGUUAAAAUAUCUGAGUAUCUGUAACACUGGAGUCAGAGUGUUCCCUGAUCUGACAAUGAUUUCCUCGCUGGAAUCCUCCUUUCUUCUCCUUUGUUUCUCCAGGGAACUGGGUGACAACAUGCACAUAACCACAAUCCCACCCAAUGCCUUUCUGGGAAUGACAGAAGAGUAUUCACUAAUGAACCUUUUUAAAAAUGGAUUUAGAGAGAUACAGAGUUAUGCAUUCAAUGGAACAAAACUGGAUAAACUAGUUCUUAAAGAUAACAAGUAUCUGAGAAGAAUUCACAAAAAUGCCUUCAGUGGAGCCACAGGACCCAGUAUUCUGGACGUCUCCUCCACAGCAUUGCAAUCGCUCCCAGCCUGGGGUCUGCAGUCUGUGAAGGUGCUGACCGCACGUUCCACUCACGCCCUCAAGACGCUGCCCCCACUGGACAGCUUCCUCAGCCUGCAGGAGGCCCAGCUCACCUACCCCAGCCACUGCUGUGCCUUCAGGAACUGGCACGCAAAAAAGGAAGACAGAGUCUUUCUGGGAUCUUUUAUGAACCUCUCCAGGCAGUGCCCAGGUGUCGCAGACCAGGAGAUUUUAUAUCCCUCUGACAGUGGCCUUCUGUAUUCAGAAGACAGCAGUGAUAUUUUUGGUAUCAAUUUCCACUAUCCAGACCUUGAAUUGUGCGUAACAAACACCCAUAUUAAGUGUACACCAGAGCCAGACGCCUUCAACCCUUGUGAGGACAUCUUGGGCUACAACUUCCUGAGAGCCAUCAUCUGGAUCAUAACCAUCUUUGCCAUUGCUGGGAACUUUGUUGUGCUCCUCGUGCUGCUCACCAGUCAUUACAAGCUCACCGUUCCACGCUUCCUCAUGUGUAACCUUGCCUUUGCUGAUCUCUGUAUGGGCGUCUACUUGCUUCUUAUUGCCUUUACUGAUUACAAGUCCAAAUGCCAGUAUUAUAACUAUGCCAUAGAGUGGCAGACGGGAGCUGGCUGCACCGUUGCUGGCUUUCUGACUGUGUUUGCCAGCGAGCUCUCGGUCUACACGCUGACUGCGAUCACCCUCGAGCGCUGGCACACCAUCACCCACGCCAUGCAGCUGGAGCGGAAGCUGCGCCUGCGGCACGCCACAGCCGUCAUGGCGGGCGGGUGGGCGUUCUCACUCCUCAUGGCUCUGCUACCCAUCGGCGGGGUGAGCAGCUACAGCAAAGUCAGCAUGUGUCUCCCGAUGGACAUCGAGACGCCCAUGGCUCAGGGCUACAUCGUCUUCAUCCUCAUUCUCAACGUGAUCGCGUUCUUUGUGAUCUGCACCUGCUACGUGAAAAUCUACCUGACGGUGCGCAACCCCGAGCUGGCGACCAAGAACAGCGACGCCAAGAUCGCCAAGAGGAUGGCAGUGCUGAUCUUCACGGACUUUCUCUGCAUGGCACCCAUAUCUUUCUUUGCGAUUUCAGCUGUGCUCCGCAUGCCCCUUAUCACCAUCAGCCAUUCUAAGAUUCUUCUGGUCCUCUUUUAUCCCAUCAACUCCUUUUCAAACCCUUUCCUUUAUGCAAUCUUCACCAGGGCAUUUCGAAGGGAUGUCUUCAUACUACUGAGCAGGUUUGGGUGCUGCAAGGCCCAAGCUGACCUCUAUAGGACCCGCAGCCUCUCUGCACAGAGGUCAGCAAUGAGAAACGCCAGCUCGCUCAGCAGUGCCAAAAGGAGCUCUCAGGCGAUUCUAUCCCUGACUACCUUUUCGUGCCAGUGUCCUGGAGAAAAAGGCUCAAAUGGACAAUGCUGCAAGCUACCCUUGAGAACAAUAUGAAAGGGAUUUGUGUUAGGGAAGGCUGGGAGUUCGCAGUUUGAAUUUCAGGGAUUUUAUGCAGUUGGUUAUAAAGGACUGCUUUUACAAUACAAAAAAGCACAAGUAGCUUUACUAUGUUUUGAAGAGACAUUGAAAUGUUAAUAAAACCCAAACCAGGAGGGAAUAACUAAGGUGCUUGAUUAAUACACAAAUAUAUAUUUUGUGUAGUAUUUUUGUAAUAAAGUCAAAAUAUUGGAAGAAAAUCUGCUUCAUAUCUAUUUUUACUAGUUCUUUACCAGUUAGUGGUAUUCAUCGUAAAUCCUUCUGCAAAGUGUAUAUGGAUCCUCUCCCAAUUUGUUGUUACAUUUAAAGUAUAACUAUCACUUUUUAUUUAAUAAAUCAGCAUUAUUUUCA